AUGCACUGGACGCCCGCAGCGACAAGUGAGUACGGCGCGCAACAACUGAACUGGUCCGACCUCGACUGGACCGAGCCCAUCUACAGCCUGGAUCACCCCACCAAGACGCCGGCGCCCAAGAGCGCGCGCUGCGAACCGGCCUUGGCCCACGCCCGCUGCGCCUGGGGCUUCGAGCGGCGCGGCUCGCUGUACAGCGAGAACAGUCAGGCCUCCUCCACCUGGUCGCCCAAACCGCAAUACACCGAGCCGCGGGGCUCGCCCUACAACAACAUUCAUGUGAGUUGGAGGGCUUGAGAAGUUGGGGAGGUUGGGACUUUUAAGAGAUUUUUGGGGUCUUUUGGAGAUUUUUAGGAACAUUGGAGCCGUUACGAUAUUUUUUUUGCGACUUUAUGUUAGCCAUAUUGAAUUUUGGAGAGCCUGGGACGCUUGGCGGAUUUGGGGACCAUUUUUGGGGUGUUUUUGGUAAAUUAGAGCCCUUAGGAGACUUUUUGGGAUCUUAGAGCUCAAAGGGGAUUUUUAGGCCCAUUAGAGCCCUUAGGGGAUUUUUUCAAAAGAUUAGAGCCCUUAGGGAGGGUUUUUGGCACAUUUGAGCCCUUAGGAAAUUUUUUGGGAAAUUAGGGCCCUUCGGGGUGUUUUUGGUAAAUUUGAGCCCUUAGGGGAUUUCUAGGCCCAUUAGAGCCCUUAGGGGAUUUUUUUCGAAACAUUAGAGCCCUUAAGGAGGGUUUUUGGCACAUUUGAGCCCUUAGGAUUUUUUUUGGGAAAUUAGGGCCCUUCGGGGUGUUUUUGGUGAAUUAGAGCUCUUAGGGGAUAAAGGAACCAUUUUUAGAGGUUUUCUGGGACAUUAGAGCCCUUUUUGGCAACUUUUUUAGCUAUAUAAUUUAGCUAUAUAACAUUUUUGGAAUUUUUAGAUUUUUUGGAUUUUUUUGGUUUUUAUCGUAUUUAAAAUUCAAAAACUUGGGGCUUCGGUAGUUCAGCCCCCCACGAAAGGUAGUUCAAACCCCGACUGUUUUGCCCGUUUCACACCUCACAUAAUGAAUAAAUUAGAAUAAUACAAAAAAUGUAAGUGGGGGUUUGAUCUACUACGUUGGGGGUUUGAUCUAAAACGUAGGUGGCUUUUUCUAAAACGUAGGGGGGCUUCAUCUAAAACGUAGGGGGCUUGAUCUAAAACGUAAGGGGCUUCAUCUAAAACGUAGGGGGCUUGUGCUGGACCGUACAACUUGGAUUAAUUCUUUGAAAUAAAUUUUGGGGUUCAGAAUGGACGAGGGGGGUUGUACUGGGUCAUGGGGGGCUGAACUGGACUGGGGGGCUGUACUACCUUAGCCCCAAAAACUUUUCUAAUCUUCCCAAAAAAUUCCACACCGGAUGUAAACUCCUCUGCUCUUUUUCCCGCCUUGACAUGAAGAUGAACUGGAAUGUUGCUCUAGAGCUUCCCAAUUGCGUAUAGGUUUAGCCGUUUAAGCCGCGCCGACUUCAACCGACUAAUCCCCGCUUAUAACGAACAUUGGUCCGGAAUUUUUUACACAAUAGAAUGCGUACAUCGGAUUUGAAAACGAUGACAAGGGCUCGGGUAAAUUUUUGUAGUUUUUUUGCGUAAGGAUGUCAGAUUGGGAAUUGGUGGUUAGGAAUUGGAAAAAUGGGGGUUUUCCAAAGUUCGAGUUAAAAAUCUCGGUUAGUUUUAGAGAAUAUAAGCCAAAAUUUUCAGGGAUUUAUCAGACAGCUAUAGUCUGGAUUUCUGCCAAGUUUCAGGCAAAUCGGAGAUGAAAAAAUUUUUUGGCCAUAAACGGGAUUUUUUGAUUUUUUAGUUAAAAAUCGAUGAUGAAAAGCUAAAUUAGAGACUUGUCAGCUUGUAUAAUUUUUUGAAAACACAAUUGUCGUUUCUUUAUUCUCAAAAAUUCACAAAAAUCAAAAAAAAAUCCAAAAAUUCAAAUUUUUUAUUUAAAUUUUUUGCAUUUUUUUGCCUCAAAAAAAACACGGAAAAUAAUUUUCCAAAAAUUCCCUUCAAACUCACCUUCUUCCGCACCCAAUUUUGUAAAUAAUUGUUGCUAAAAAUACCGGGAAAAUGACGUCCCAAACGACGUGCGAAAUCGGGUCGGUCGCCCAUUGCCCCCGGCGGCGGCGGCGGGGCGCUUCCCCCUUCACGUGCCGUGGGGCCACGAAUUUAAUUACCGGUGUGUUGCGCAAUGUCUGGACUCGGCGGAUUAAUGGACACGCGAAAACUGUGGGUUGUAUACGAUGUGUAUGUGUGCAGGGCGCGGAAGGGUAGUAGUUGGUCGGAGAAAUUGUCGGUUGCAGAGAUUAAAAACGCCACCUCUCGCACAAGUGUGGAGCGGGGCGACGGACAAUUCGCGGAGCAAAAAAAUUACGCAAAAAAUUACAAUGAUGGGCAGGGCGUGGGGGUUUAAUGGGGUGGUACAGGCGACUGGCGAGUCAUUUGCAAGACCGGGUUGAGCUGGAGUUUCGAAAUUUCGGGGGUUUUGUCGGUCUGUCGGGGAAAAAUGUGAGCUUGCCGCUGAGAAAAUGAGUUGUGUUGCGGCAAAAUUUACUCGCUUUUGGCUUCAACAACCGCAGCGACAUUGUGCUCAUUAUUUUCCCGACAGAGUGAUAUCAGUCUGUCGGGAAAAUAAUGUGGAAUUUUCGUGGCAAAAUGUCUCGCCUUGUCGCCCUACAAAUCUUCAACUAGCCGCCGUAAAGCAAUGAUGGGCUAUUUAAAAAAUCCACAUUAUUUUCCCGACAGACUGAUAUUGGCCUACGGGCCAAUAUCAAUCAAAAUUUUUUUUGAUUUUUGAAUAUCAGUCUGUCGUGAAAAUAAUGAGCACAAUGUCGCUGAGCCAAUCGCGUCGCUGAAGUGAAAAGCAAUUUGAUUUUGCCGCGAAGACAAUCCAUUUUCUCGGCGGCGAUGCGAUUUUCGAUGCGACAGGUUGCGCAUUAUUUUCCCGACAAAUUGAGAUGGCUUGGAAAAAGGGGGCGCGACAUAGUGCCAAAAGAACGAAACUGCACUGUGCAAACUGCAAACUCGCCUUUUUUGGGGCGGUUUUUUGAAGAGCGACCCAGUUAUCGUUAAAAAUGCGCAGGCUAUUUGCCGUAUUUCUUUUGCUUGCGUAUCUUUGCCCACAUGAAAAAAGUUGAUUUUUUUUGUGGAAAUUAGAGUUUACUUUUUACGGUAGAAAUACUCAUGAGACUUUUUAAGCCAAUAUCAAAGUUGAAUGUGUUCUCUGGUCUACGAUUUCCGAAGGUCCCUUGUAUUCAAAAAAAAAAAUGUUUUCUAAAGGUCCCUUGCCCUCAAAAAAACCGAAAAAUCUAAAUGUCCCUUGUACUCCGAAAAAAGAUCCCAACGCCCUUUACCACCAUUUUACACCAUGUUUCCAACGUAAAACUCGGAAAUAUCACACUUCCCAACCCUAUAAUAAAAACGCAUGAUAAAAAGAUGACGUAUUGAAAGAGGUAAUGUCGUUAAAAAACGAAUCGGGCUAAAAAUAUACGAACCUCGACCAGACAUCAUACGGUAAUCGCUCAACUUUCAGUACAAUCGUCAAUUUGAAAACGGGUUCGAGCGUACGGCCCGGUUUCGCCGCCAGCCCGCCGUCGACAUGGAGGAGCUGAAAACGCCCAGUCCCGGACAUGAUUAUGGUGGGUUUUGAUUUUACUACUGUUGUUUUUUUAUUAUUUUUGGUGAUUUUGGGAUCUUUGGCAAGUUUGAAGUGAAAAAUUUUUAGAUUUUUUGAAUUUUUUUUGGGAUUUUUUGCAUUUUUUUGGUCUGUUUUUGCAAGAAUAGGCAUUUAUAUUAUACAGUCUUCAAUCUACAGUGUUUUUUAUUUUCAUUUGGAGAUCUUUUGAAGCUUGAAACGAAAAAAAUUUUUAAAUUUUUUGAAAAUUUUUUCAAAUUUUUUUGGAUUUUUUAAAUUUUUUGGUCUUAUUUUGCAAGAAUAGACAUUUUAUUAUACAGUCUUCAACCUACAAUGUUUUUUAUGUUAAUUUUGAGAUUUUGGCAAGUUUGAAGCAAAAAAAAAAUUUGAGAUUUUUUGAAAAUUUUUUUGGAAUUUUUUUGGGAUUUUUUGAUUUUUUCUUGUCUCAAAAUAGUUCUUUGUAAGUACCAUUGCAAUCUACAACAUUUUUGUUUGUGGAUUUUGAAUUUCUUGGCAAUUUUGAAGAAAAAAAAUUUGAGAUUUUAGAAAAUUUUUUUUUGGGAUUUUUUGAACUUUUCUUGUCUCCAAAUAGUUUUUUAUAAGCGUCAUUACAAUCUACAGUAUUUUUGUUAUUUGAUUUUGCGAUUUUUUGCAAUUUUAAACGAAAAAAAUUGAGAUAAAAAAAAUUUUUUUUUUAUUUUUUCUGAAUUUUCUGCAUAUUUUUUUUGAUCCCUUCUUUUUGCACGUACAUGACGGCGAAUUUUCAAUUACACGUAAAAUUUGAGUUCUCUAAAAAAUCUCUUAAGACAUUAGAAAAAAAAACAACCACUGCAUUAUUCAGUAAAUUCCUGCAUAUGCUGGAAUAUGCUAAUGAAUUUAUGUUUCAUUUAUUCCUUGUGAUUUUGCGAAUUAUCUAUCAAUCUGUGUUAUUUGAUCAGCGGAAUAAUUGAGAUCUUAUACGGAGCUUAUGAAUAAUUGUAUUUUGCAUAGUUAACUAUUUUUUUCAAUUAUGCAAAGAUUAUUUUAUGGUCGGAAAACUACGGUAAUCGGUCUUGGAGUAUGGUCUUUCUCCAUUCGGGAGGCGAAAAAAUUCGUUUAAAAUUUAUGCUAAUUUUUGAAAUUCAAAAAAUUUGCAUAUUUCUUUUUUUUUUGAUUUUUUUUCUGGAAUAUACGAUUUUUAUUUUUACUUGCUGAUUAUUUUACGGCUUAUAGAAAAUCCUGCAAUACAAAAAUUUGCAUAUAUUUACGAACUAAGUUUGAAAAAAUUUGAAUAUGCAAAUUUUUCUCUCCAAAAUUUUUUUUACUUUCAAAUUUUUCACGUGUUUUAUUAAAUCCAAAAACUUUUUAUUUUAAAGAAAUUUCCAUAUUCGAAAUUUAAAUUUGAUAAAAUUUGCAUAUGCUAAUUUUUCUCUUCCAAAAUUUUUCAAUUUUCAAAAAAAAAGUUUUUUAUCGCAGCAAGAUACUGUGUUUUAUUAAAAAAGUUUGCAUACACAAGCUUUUUAAUUUCAAAAAAUUUGCAUAUUCAAAUUUUUUCCUCUAAAAUCCUGUUGAUUUUCCGAAAAACUCAGCUUAUUAAAAAAGUCCAAUAAAACUUUCAAAUCUCUCAAUAACCCAUUUUUAAGCCCAUUAAGACAUCAAUUAUCCCCAAACAAAGCUAAUCAAAUUUCUUUUCCGGAACCUUUGUAAUCAAAUUGGGCCUCAAUUCCUUUUGUAUGCCCUUACCGUGUUGUUCGGACGUUAAUCUCUAAGCCCGGGGCGUUGUUCGCACACAUUUCCCCACCAAUAUGAAAGGGGAUUUUUUGGCAAAAAACAAAGGCCUUUCGCGUGAUGUUGACGCUGGAACAGAAAACUUUUGUAGCUAAUCCUUACCGUUGUAGUCGGAAAAAGGAGGUUAAAUUUAGAGGCGAAAACACUGGAAACGUCAACGUUGUUUGGGGACUUGGCGAUUUGCGGAGGGAACUGCGGUAAAUGGGAUUUUUUUGGCGAUCAAAUUCACAUGUAGAUAUGUAGGGUGGCUGGAGAAAUGCUCCGGAAAUUCAACGGGUUUUAAUGAAAAUUUUAAAGAAUUUGUGAAACAAAAGUUUUGUCUAAAGUGUAUGUAAGACAUCUAGUUCGCGCUUUGCAGAAACAAACGAGAUUUUUAGGUCGAAAGCUGGCAAAAAUGCGACACUUUUUUGCGAUUUUUUUCAUAAAAAAUUUCUUGCCUAUUUCGACAAUAGACGGUAAAGUUACUACAAAAAAAAACUAUUUUUUUUGCACCAAACUGGCAAAGAUACGGGCAAAAGGUCUUUUUUGUAUUCUCAUUGACCGCUCUCCGCUUUUUUCGUGCUCUCUCGGCCGCAGAGAUUGUCAAAUAUCUUGACAGCGACUGGAAAGCGCGAGCUAAGAUUUUUGCAGAUCAAUAUCAGUCUGUCGGGAAAAUACUGGCGGGCACCGCGGCGAUAUGUUUCGCCUGGUGAGGUUACAGCCGCGCACCAAACUUCCAGCGGCGUCGAGCCGUUGCAAGGCGAUCGCGGGAGAUUCCAAGGCGCGACAAAGCCACACUAUUUUCCCGACAGUCUGAGAUGACACAUCAGUAUUUUUUAGCAAAAUUUACUGCUUAUGUGCUUGCAUUGGAUCCAAAAGAAAUACUGUAAGAACUUGCCUAAAAAAUAAAUUUUUCGUAUAAAAUGCCCCCUUCAAAAUAUUUUUUUCCUAUUUUUUCUUAUAUAAGCAUAAGAUCUUUAAAAUUUGUAAACCCAAAAUUUAGUGUUCCACAUGUUUUUAUCACUAUUUCAAACUAAUUCAGAGAUCCAAGACACAUAUCCCUACUACAAUAUAAGUACUCCCCCACGUGUUUCCAUGAAAACAAUUCUUUCUUUAUUGCCAUUUAAAAAAAUUUCGCUAAAUUUCAGCUCACCUCUGAGCUGGUUACCGAGUUUUUUUGCAUCCAAAACUUCUAAAAAUACAAAAGUUUUCGUUGCGAAACCCCAACAAUGUAUUCCUCAAGUCUGAUGUCCGACCAAAGUACUUUCAUGGUAUUUGUGUCUGUACGGCGGGGAUUUCGACAAACUUUCCGCGCCCUUUAUUCGGAUACAAUUCACAAAUACGUUUGGCAACUUUGCAAAUUAUUCACAAGCUAGAGAAACUGGUCUUUAGUUGGGUUUCGCGGGAGAAUUUCAAGCAAAUGGAGGGAAAUUCUAGUGAGAGGAGAUAGUUUCUGGUCUGGAUUAGUCUUACUAAUUGCAGUUUUGUAUUUUCUGUGGGAUUUCAGAACAAAAAUUUUUUUUUGAUUUUUGAGAUUUGAAAAUUUGAAAUUUUUGAAAUAUGUAUUUGCAAAAUUAAAAAAAAAAAAAAAAAAAAAAAAAAAAAAAAAAUUUAAAAAAAUGGUAGUAUAUAGGCCAAAAUAUCUUUUUAAUGCAGCAUUUUGUAUUUUCUAUAUGAUUUAACAGUGAUUUUUUUUUUGAUUUUUGGUAUUUGAAUAUUUUGAAAUUUUUUGGAAAUAAGAGAAAGUAGAAUUAUAGUUUAUUGGCCAAAAUAUGUUUUAAAUGUUGCAUUUCCAAUUUUCUAUGGCAUUUCAAAGAGGAAUUGUAUUUUGAUGUUUUUGAAUUUAAAAAAAAAAAUUUUAAAAAAUUUUAAAAUUUUGGGUAGCAAAAAAGUAAAUUAUGUGUAGUUUAUAGGCUAAAAUAUCUUUUAAAGUCCGAAUUUUUAUUUUUUUUUGAUCUUCAAUAUGAAAUUUUGAAAUUUAAAAUUUUUUGAUUUUUUUGGAUUUUUUCAAUUUUUGGAAAUGAAAAAACUUUUUGAUUUUUUAUUGGAGUCAUGUAAAUUUUUUAUCAAUUUUAAUAUUUUUAAGUUUUCAAAAUCUUAAUCCAGACAUUGAAACACCAAAAAAUUUUUUUUACUUUUUUUUUUAUUUUUAAAAAUUUCAAAAAAAAAUUUUUUUUUAUUUUUAAAAAUCAGUUUGUCGGGAAAAUAAUGAGCGAAAUGUCGCUGAUCCAAUUGCGUCACUGAAAUGAAAACCAAUUUGAUUUUGCCGCGAAGAAAAUUCCUUUUUUGGCGAUGCGGUUUUCGAUGCAUGCUCAUUAUUUUCCCGACAGACUAAUAUUCUAAAUCAAGAAUUCAAUUUUGUUCAUUUUUCAUUUUGAAAAUGUUUUUUACUAAAUUUAACUGAGUCUCCCAGAAAUUCAAAAUUCAAAUUUCUCCGGACCAAAGAUCACUUCCCACUUCUUCUACCGCCACUUUCUUUAACUAUACAAAAUUUCGCCACAGCACAAAGCACGGCGGGCGCGGGCCAAGUGCACACACACACACACAGGAAACUACGUUCGCUGAUUUAUGCAAGGCAAGAGAGAGGCCGCGUGUAAUUAUUCAAUGAAAUGAUUAAAUCUUAAAGAGUUGUGUGGAAAGGUUACCCACUACAUAAGCAGUCAAUCGCGGCCUCCCGGUGCAAAUCCGCGGAUUUUUGCGAGUUUUUUCACUCCUUCGGUUACUGUAACAAAACUCCUGUUGUUUGCUUUUUGAUGCCCGGUAAUGUAGUAUGCACGGCGCAUGUUGCGAGGCCCCCCCAAGAAACAUUCCGCAGGCAUUUAGUAAAGCGGUGGCCGGUGGUUACGUGAGACUUGCGAAAAGCUGUGAGUCAUGGCCGGGUUUGAGGUUGGGAUUGUAGUAGCCGCAGGUCUUGUUAGACAAUAGACGUCUUUAUUCUUAUUAUAGUGUUGGCGGAAAUCAAUUAGAAACGAGUGUAAAAAUACGGCAAGCGUGACUUGUGUCAGUGGGCGCGUCGCUGUCUCUUGUACGAUCAUAGCUUUUAUAUUUUUCGGGGAGUCAAAGAAUAAGAAAGCUAUGAAUUUCCAGAUAUUUUUCGGCCUAUCGGACGUAGUAUACUAUCAGUACGUCGGGAAAAUAAUGUGGAGUUUUCGCAGCAAAAUGCCUCGUCUUGUCGCAGUUGCACACCAAAUCCCCGACUAGCUGUUGCAAAGCGAUCAAUUCCAAGGUGCACAUUAUUUUCCCGACAGACUGAUAAAACGCCGAGACCUGCCUGAAAAAAUCGCAUAGGGCGAAAAAAUUCACUCGGAACGGGGUUUCGCUCUGCGGAGGUUUGUAAUUGACAUUACCGGGCAAGUGCUCGAAGUGCGGCGCUCAAGUUUCGAUAAAACUUGGGACAAAUUUGGAAUAUUCUUUAAGACAUGCGAGAUGCCUAGCACUAUGCAGAAAUGACCGAGAUUUUUAUUUUUUAGAUCGAAGGUUAGCACGAAAAGCUAAGGAUUUAUAGUAAAGAAGGUAGGAAAGAAUUAGUUUACUCAUAAAAUUGAGUAUCGCAGAAACUGCUUUCAGAUUCUAACGAAACUAGACAAAAGUUUAGACAAAUCUUUUGUAAGACAUAUACGAGAUUUCUAGCUGGCGAUUUGCAGAAACAACCAAGAUUUUUAGCUCAAAAGCUGGCAGAAUAAUUACUGUUUUUCGCAAAUUUUUGUAUAAAAGGUUGCAUUUCCUAAUACGAGGUUCCUGAGCCGCGCUUUGCAAAAAUAAUCGAAGAUUUAUAGCAAAGAUGUUGAUGAAAAUUCGGGAUUUUUCUGUGAGUUUGUACAGCUGCCAAAUCAAGUUUUUUAAAAAUAGGAAAAACCGAAGUUCUAGCCCAAACCUAGCCAAAAUUUUUUGUAAAUUUUGGCAUAAAAAGUGUCAUGGCUAUUUCUACCAUAAAGGGUAAUGUUUCCGCAAAAAAAAAAUUUUUAUCAGCCGGACGGGCAAAGAUACGGUAAGAAAAUCGUUUUUUUUUCUCUGACCGCUCUCCCCUUUUCGCACACUCUAUCCUCCUCAAAGAUCGUUGAGCAUAUCGGUUGCUCUUGCAAAGCACGAGCUAAAAAUUACAGUUCUAGUUGCUCGUAUAAAAUAUUUUAGUAGAUCCGAACACUACCGUAGCCUUGUUUACUCACCAAAACUUUAGUCGGUUGUUAGAAAAUGCGGUUCAAAAUUCCGUUUAUGAGCUUUGGAGUAAACAAAGUUACUGUCUAACCUUUCGCAGGUCCGCCAAAUACUCGCAUUCUUGGCGGACUUGGCUUGCAAUUACAGAGGAAGUGGUUGAGGUGCUACGCUGGGAUUUUUUACAGUUUUGAAGAUACGUUGUUCUUAGAUCACAUUUAUGUUGAAACUUCAUGCUGAUUUUUAGCCCUCCUGUUUUAUAGGGGCCGCCGAGAUACUCAACGGUCCGAGACGAGAGAGUACACAAACUGCGGAGAGCGCCAGAGCAAAAAAAAAUCUUUUUGGCCAUAUCUUUGCCAAUUUCGCGCGGUAAGAAUUGAUUUUUUAUGGAAACAUUACUCUCUACGGUAGAAAUAGGAGAUAAAGGUUGUUCAUGGACAAAUUCGCGACGAAUUGUCAAAAUGUUUUUCAGUUUUCGGGCUAAAAAUCUUGUUUUUUUUUGAAAAGCGAGAGCUAGGAAUUUUGCAUAUUCCCUACAAAAAACUUGUCCAAAUUUGUGCCAAAUUUUACUAUGCGGUUCGAAAGUCGCUGGAGUGAUUUCGGCGACAUGCAAUGUGCAAAAACAAAAGUUCACCUUGCACUGUGCAAUAGGCUUUUUUGGGAUGUCGCAUUUCCCUUGUAAGCCACUUUUCGUUACCACAAUUUUUUGUGCAAAAAAACGUUGCAGAAAAACCAUGUGAUUACGUUGUCGUACGUCUGGUAUAUCGUAUUUCGCAACCCUUCAUACCGUACAAUAAACAUCAUAUUCUCGGAACUCAAACGUUUUUCUAGCCUCUGAUUAUCGUUGCACUUAUAAUUCCUACCGCCUUAAUUAAGACUUUUUCGGGCUCUAAUGACGUAGAUUUUAAAAAUUAUCUGUCAUAUGUACUGAGUCAUAUGGUGUACUUUUCUUACAAUAAACUAGUAUAUAAUGGGGCUUCUGUUCUACUAAAUCGUCGUGAUUUUUGAUGAGAUUUUGAGUGGGGUAUCUUGAGGGUGAGACUUUUAUUUUGCUGACAAUAAGCAAUUUUUAAGACCAAAAAUUGCAAAAAUUUGAUUUUUUUGCAAUUUUUAUGCGAUUGUUGCUGUAAAAAUUAGAAUAUUACAUACAUAUGAGGUCCAUGAUUUCCCGACAAAAUCUGAGCGCCAUUGUAGUGCUUCUAAGACCCCACCAACCCCUCUUGCGGUCCCCUUUUAAAGUGCAUUCGUCUUCGUUGUCAAAAAGAUUUCUCAAAGCCGAAAAAAAAAAAUUUUUUUUCGCCAUGCCCUCGGGGCCCUAAUCCCGAUUAACCGCAGAACCAACAGGAUUUCGCGGGUUGCGAAAGCCCGCAAAUCGUGUAAUUAAUUUAUGUUUGAGAGAUUAAAAUUAUGUCACUGACAUAUAGCAAAAGGUGUGGCCAGCCGUAUAUGCACCGUCCGCUUCACACUUUUAAUUUGUUGUUAAAGGGAGGAUGAUUUUUUGGGGAAGUUAAGGUUUGAGGAAAAAGGUGAUUUUUUGGGAUUUCCGGAGGCGGAAAUUUUUAAAGUUUUGGUAUUAUUCUCUAUGUGGAUUACAGUUUAAUUCCUGAACGUUUUAGCUCUCGCUUUGCAAGAGCAGCCGAGAUAUUGACUUUGCGGUCGAGAGAGUACGCGGAAAGCGGAGAGCGGUCAAGGAGAAAAAACUUUUGGCCAUAUCUUUGCCUGUUUUGCGCGGAAAAAAUGACUUUUUGUGGAAAUGUUAUAUUCUAGGGUAGAAAUAUGGAUGAAACUUUUCUAUGACAAAAUUUACAAAAAAAAUUUUUUGGCAAUUUGGAAAUUUUACAAACCGGCAGAAAAACGUCCAAUUUCAUCAACUUCCGAAUUAAAAAUCUUUUUAUUAUUUAUGCAAGCGCAAGCUAGAAAUCUCAUAUAUGCCAUAGAAAAAAUUAUUCUAAAUUUGUGCCAAGUUUCAUUAAAAUCUGAGCGUAGCGCUUUGAUCAAUUCCUCUUAUAAUCAACAUCAUUAGUAAGCUAUUAGGGUGUCCCAUAAGUUGUACUUUUUUGCUGCCUUGUUUACUUGACAUCCGCAAUAUUUUUUUUUAUUUUUAAUUUUUUAAUCCGCUUUGUUCUGAAGUAGGCUUGCAAAAAAUUUGUUAUAAAGUUCAUAACAGACAUUUACCGAGUAAAUUAAAAAUUUUUUAUCUAAAUUUCUCCAUCAAUUUUUUAGCUUCCGCCUAACAUAUAUACUUUGCUUUUACCACACUUCUAUUAUAAUAGUAUUCGGUUAAACUAUGAUGUCCAAUUCUCUAAGAAAACAUUGUACUUUCUAAAAAUACCAAUUCACAAACAGUUCUACGCCUUUUCGAAAGUGCGUAGACUUUUUGUCGCGGCGCACGGUGCAUUUUCUCUUUUCUCUCACGCACCGUGCAGUUUUUCGUUUUUUCGCACAGUGCAAAAUUAAAAAAAGAGGCUUGCACUGUGCGAUGGAUUUAGCAAAAUCGCGGCGACGCAGUGGAAAAGAAGCUUACACCGCGGCGAUAUUUUGAUGCACGGUGCAGAACCUAAAAGUGCACGGUGCGAAAUUUUUGAUUUGCACCGUGCAUUUUGCUUUUUUUCCUUUGUUUGUCGCUCACGCACUGUGCAGUUUUUUGAUUUUUUCGCACCGUGCGAAAUUAAAAAAGUGGUUUGCACGGUGCAAAGCCGCGGCGAUGCAGUUGGAAAAGUCGCUUACGUCGCGGCGAUAUUUUGUCGCACGGUGCGAAAUCUGCGAAAAAGUGGAAUGCACUGUGCAAAAGGGGGUUUUUUGCCUAGCGACGAAAAGUCUACGCACUUUAUUUGGCUUUUUGUUGCAAUCUUUUUUCGGCUUCUUUGCGGAUUAUCUUGGGUAUUUUAGUCUUCUUUAUGUCAAAAAUAUGAUGUAGGGAUGGUCUUUGAGACAUUUUUAAAAUUUUUGCACUUUUUGUGAAGGAUUUUUUUUAAUUUUGAUAAAUUUUUUAUCAAAAUUUUGAUUUUUUCAGUAAAAAAAAUUAUUUUUUUCUCCCAAAAAAUCGGUCAAAAAAAAUUUUUUGAGACCUCUCAAAAAUUUCCUUAUCCAAAUUUUACUACGUCACCCUUUUUUUACUAAUUUUUUUGCUCUUUAUUCACCAUGAAUUGCUUUGUUAUAUUGCGCUUACAUUCCAAAUUACGGUCCGCACUCCAUUGUGAAUUCAUAAUCAAUUCUUUUGCUAAUUUAUUUACGUAAGCGUCUUUGCCGCAUUCAGCUGUUGGGUAUUCUAACUUCCUUCGCAAAAAUUUGCUUAAUUUUUUAAAGGGAAAAGAAUUCUCGUCGUAUUUUACAGUCUUUAUGAGAUUUUUCAGUUUUUCCGAGAUUUUUCAAAAAUUUUGCGUUCUGUUAUUGCAUUCGCAAAGUCGGUGGAGUGAUCUCCGCCACCUCUCUGCAAGACAAAGAUCCAGUGCGGCGCCGGCGCCGGUCCAGAAGUGGAUGCGGCUUUAAUGAGGGUGCGAAAUUUUGUCGUUUUUCGGCCCCGCCAAAAUGUCUCAAAAAUUGUAUUUUUGUGGAUUAAAAUGUCAGUCGGCGGUUUAAUGAGGAGCCGGGGCGCUGUAAAAGGGCAGGUCGAGCACUCGAAAAUUAUAGACUCGGCCCCGCGGCCGGUUUGCUGCCAAGAUUUGGCGAUAAUUACCACCCCGGCGUUUCGGUAUAUUCCCGCCAAAAAGUUGCGAAAUCUCGCAUGUGACGCUGAAAACGUACUAUGAGUCUGUCGGGAAAAUAAUGAGCAGUCUGUCGCAUCGAAAAUCGCAUGGCCGCUGAGAAAAUGAAUUGUCUAAUAGUCAAAAUCAAAUUGCUUUUGACUUCAGCGAUGUGAUCGGCGCAGCGACAUUGUGCUCAUUAUUUUCCCGACAGAAUGAUAUUCAAAAAUCAAAAAAAAAAAAUUUUUUUUGAUUGAGUGAAAUUUCUAGCCUUGCGGCUAUGGAUCCAGAAAUUUAUAUCAGUCUGUCGGAAAAUUAAUGUGGGCUUGCGGCAGCAAAAUUUGUCGCCUGGUUAAAGUUCGAAGUCGCUGGAGUGAUUUUCGCGACAUGCACUGUGCGAAAACAAAGUUUUACUUUGCACUGUGCAAUUUCUUGCUUUUUGCACCGUGCAAUAGGCUUUUUAGGGUUGUCGCUCGCAUUCUGAAUUUUUUCGCACAGUGCAAACGCCAAAAAUCGCUAUUGCGACAUGCACUGUGCGAAAACAAAAGUUCACUUUGCACUGUGCAAUUUCUUGCUUUUGGCACCGUGCAAUAGGCUUUUUUGGGCUGUCGCUCGCACUCAUUUUGCGGCAUGCACUGUGCAAAAACAAAAGUUCACAUCGCACCGUGCAAUAGGCUUUUCUGGGCGCUUGACUUUUUCUGCACAGUGCAAACGCCAAAAAUUACUCCAACGACUUUACAAACUUGCUACUCUCACAACAAACCUUCUUCACUUGCUUGCCAUCAUUCUUGCUAACCGAUUUCCUUGUUAACCGCUUCCUUUUCGUUGCUUAUCGCUUGAUUUCAGCCGAGCAGCCCUCAUCAUCGAGCCGGCCCUUUCCGCAGCCCCAAUUCAACGAGCCGCCGCACUCAUUCCCCGCCCCGCAUCUUCAGCACGCCGUGGAGACGCCGAACUACCAGGAAUUCGCCAGCUUUUCCAGCGAACGGCGUGGACCCCGCAGGCAAUAUUCAUCGGACACCGACUACUUUCAGCUGAUCGACGAUCUCAUCAACGAAGAUGUAAGUGACGCCGGAUUUAGUUGCAGACUUUUUUGGCUUAACUAAGCGCUUGACUGCUUGCAAUGGGGUUUUUAGCGGGAUUCAGGGAAUUAAUUAUAUUGUACUUGACAUUAGCCCACUUUAGCUCAAUUUUUGGCAAACAAAUAGGUUUUUUUAUAGCUAAAAAUUUUUUUUAACCUCUUGCAAACACCUCUACUAUCAAUUCUCACCAAAUUUUGCCAUUUUCUCGAUUUUUCCAAAAUUCCAAAAAAUCCGUCAUCAUGACAUAUUUUUGCGAAAAAUUGGUCGCAAUGUUUUUUUACGCUCUUUUUAUGCGACAUACAUUCUUUUGAGAAAUUUUUCACAUCUUUGUAAUACUCAAUUAAUCAUGUCAUGAUGACGUAUUUUUUGGAAAUUCCUCGAAAACUCCAAAUAACUGUCCAAAACGUAAUAGUUCUAAAAAUUUCAGUCGCUUUUCUGCUAAUUUUUGAUAAUUAGAGUCUCAAUUACUUUUUUUACAACACUCUAUUUCAACACCUACACCUACCUACGUCAUCACUUCUCCUUUCCUUUUACAUCUUUUUCCCCGCCGAAGCCCAACAUCCCAACAGUUCGCCAUAGCGACAUUCGGCGGUUCGCCGGUUUAUAGUUCCCUGUAUUUCUCGCUAAUACGCGAAAAUACCGUAGCAUUUCGCCGGGGUUCUGUAUUUUGCGUCACGCUAACGGCUUGUUUGCAACGGCCAACGAUUACAGCGGGUGUGGAAAUGUCGAAUGUAGUUGUGUCUGGGAUCGCGUACACACGUUGGGGGUACGUAGAUUAGUGGGUAGGGUUUGUAGUAGAGCGGUUGGAAACGGGUUGGGGAAGGGGAGGUUUUCGGACUUUGGGCGGCUUGAUGGGGUUUUUUGAAAGGCUGAUUCUGAAAAUUCAGAGGGGUAAGGGAAAAAUUUCUUAGUCGGCCUUGUAGUACGUUUUCUAGACUUCUUGAUGAUAUCAAAUUGAUCGGUUUCUGGUAGCUUUUUUAGGUAUUAAAACGAUUUUUUUUGAGACUGGCCAAAAUUCGAGAAAACGCAAAAAAUCAAAUUUUUCGAAAAACCGAAACCACGAUUACUGUAUUUUUGCGGUCCUCAGUGGUACUAAGGCCCUAUAGUAUCAACAAAUUGUAUUCUUUUUUAGUACUGACACAUUUGAUGACCAGAAAAAUGAAUUUUUAUUUUUAAUUUUUCGCCGAUUUACACUAAAUUCUUUGCCCGAACUGAUACUAUUUGCGACAAAAAAUCUUGAGAAUUUUUUGCAAUUUUGCACUGUUCAUUUUGACCGAUAAUGGCUUCGUUUUUCGAAAAACGCAUUUUGCACCGUGCAACUGUCUCAAAAACUCAAUUUGCACAGUGCAACCGUAUUAGGGCCCGGUCUGAGAGGAAAUUGGUGGCAUAUGCAAUUUCCAGGGCUUUUUUCCCUCGGGUACUAUUCUGUCGGAAAAAUAAUGAGGAUUUCUCGCAGCUAGUAGUAUCAAGAGUGUCAUGACGUCAUCUCAGCUUUUUUUGUUUUUUCUUUUCUCUAUAGAAGGAAGAAGUCUGGUCAACGUAUUUUAACCAGCUCUGGCUUCAAAUUAUUGCCCAAAAUUUCAAAAAAAUGCUCCUCAGACGUCCGUAAUCCCGUGAAAUUCGGAUUUUUCCUUUUUUCCCGAUCCGUACAAGUUGAAUGCCGCUUAGAGUGCAAUCGCGUGAGGUGUCCGAGAAGUUAAUGUCGCUAUUUUAAUUUGUCCGCUUUUGCGGCAAGCACGCGGGUUUUUUCGACGGCGGACCUUUAACUUUCGAGUCUACGUGAUCCGUGCGGUAUAAUAUAACAUCAUAUGAGUAUUUGUGGUCUUUUGCGGUGUCUUAUGGUCAGCUGGCUUGCUGGACGUUCUUUUGGCGUUCGCUUGAACGAUUUUUUUAUUGAUUUGGGGAAGAAUUUUGAUCUGGGGAGCUUUGAGAAAAUUAUGAUUUUUGAAAAAAUUACAGUAAUUUCGAGCUGUCACUGCCUUCAGUAGUGAAGAAUAUGAGUCUUACUGUUGUUUUAGAGUAAAAUAAAGUUUGGUCUUUUUUUCCUACAACGUAUUUUACCUUAUUUCCCUCAUUACCCCUAGAAAAUUCCUUCGUUGCCAAGCGGUAGAAAAUUAAACGAAAUUUUUCUCUUUUGUUCCGUAUUUUACCUUAUUUUCCGAAUAUCUCCCAGGAAUUUCUUCGCUGCGGAAACUCGUAUUUUUAGAAGAAUUACAGUAAUCCACAGGGCUGAAAUUAUUGGCGCAGUGUCUACGCACAUUUUUCAAAAAUGUGCGUAGACAUUUUUUUGCCGUUCGUCGCGAAGUCUACGCAAUUUAUGAAAAUACUUGUAGGGGCAUUAAAAUCAAAAACUGCUCUGUAGAUUCUAUGUUACUACUUGCGACAAAAAGUCUUUAUAAUUUUCUGCGACUCUGCACUGUGCAUUUUGAGCGAUAAUUCGAAAGAAUCAUUUUGCACCGUGCAGGUCCAAAAACUGCGCCUGCACGGUGCAAUUUUGUUUUUUGCCCUCCGCUGCGAUUCCCAUUUUUCGCAGCGACAAAUUAUUUGUUCGGAGACGGAAUUUGAGGUCCGCGACCUCCAUAUUCCACCGAAUUUCGCCCGUUUUGCUCCAAAAACGUGAAUCUUCGGACGAACGAAAAAUGUCGGUAACUUAUACCGCCCUUCCCGCACAAUACAGGCACUCGAAGAGCCGUUCUUGAGCCCGUUAGACCUUCAAAGAUUCUGGCGCUGUUUUCGACACCACUGUUUACCGGUUUCCAAUUAGUUUACGGGAUGCCCAAAGUACGAAACGCACUUUCGCUGACUAUGUCAUAUUAACGUCAGCCGCGAUCUUCAGGCCCGUGGAACAGCCGGCAAUUAGCGCGCAUUAAGAUGGGGCACGUGGAAUGUCACAGCCCGGUAGUCUGGCCGCUUAUAUAACCGCCGGUUUACCCACCUAUCCAUGUCCGCGGGCGGUUCUGACGGAUUUUCGGGAGAUGCGUGAGCUGGCCGGGAUGGUGAAGAUAAAAUUCGAUUUUUUCGAACGCCUUAGGCUCUAGUGUGGUGAUUUUUGGACACAGGUCUUCUAAUAGAAUCUAGUUUCAAGGUCAGAGAAAUUUUUGAAAUUUUCUUGGGAGAAGUACGAAAUUUUUCGAAUUUUUCGAAAUUUCCCGAAUACAUUUUCAUUUUGGCUAUAAAUUCUCUUCCUUUCUGCAGUUUGGGACAUUAUAUGUAGUCCUCAAACACCACAUAUCCCUGAGAUUUUUUUCAAAACAAUUUGACGUUGUUUUUUCACCAAAAAAAUUUAAAAUUCGAAAAAAAAAUUUUUUGAAAUUCUUUGAAAUUUGUUGAAAUUUAUUUUGGAAAUCAAGAUUUUUCGCGGUAAACUCAAAAAUACGACCAUGUCUCGGCUACAUUCUCACUUCUAUUUGUUUUUCUCUCUUUUUUGUCCAAGAUACGACAAUAUCUUUUAUCCCGCUUACCCUUUGCCCGAAGCGCCCUGGAAAUGGUGCGAAUCCGCGGCGCGGUUUGUACUAAAUUCAACUCCACACGGCGAGUACAAAACGCCCAAGGGAAUAAAUAGGGCCCGGUGCGGGAAAGUUCGAAUUGCGUAUAAUUAUAAGGCGGAUGGUCGGAUUUGUUACCCGAUGCGCCUUUCUUCGUCGUCGUGGUGGCCGGCGGCGGCUCCUCGCUCGUUGUAGCGGCCGCCGUAAGAGGCGGUGUACUUUCUCUUCGACGACGUCUAGCGUGGUUAUUAACCUGGCCACCGCCGGCUCUCGCACAUGCACUCUUAGCCGGCUUUAAUGAGAAGGUUAGGCGUUUCGAAGCGGCGGCUCCUCGUAGGUGGGGCCGGGCCCGAGGAGGAAGAGGAUGCGGCGUGUGCUAGAGUGCAUGAUACAUGCUAUGAUUUACGGUAUAAGGGCGGGCUGAGUUUCCCUUUCUUGGCUCGAAAAUUCUUAAUUUUCCAUUUUUACUCUUAUUUACCGGAGAAUGCUGGAAAAUCGUAUUUUAGAAAGAGCACAGUCGAUUUUUCAUAGAUUUAUAUAUGUUUAUAGAAUAUUAGAGGCCUUAGUUUACGUUAAAAACAAUUGAAAAAUUUUCAGCGCCAGGUCGGCGAGAGUAUCAGCGAUUUAAAGUCCGAAGGCGACCCGAUUCUGGCAUCACAACCCACCUCAACCAGCAGUCAGCCAGAGCAUCAGCCGGAACGACCGCCUUUCCUCCGUCCUAGCCAGGUAAAACACGUUUGGUUAAGAGACAAAUAGCUGAUUUUGCGACAAUAAGCUUUCAUUAGAGACAUUUUAUACGAUGAAACAUUUUUUCGGCCAUUUUUUGACUUUUUUUCGCUUUUUUCGGUUAUUUAUUGCUUGAAAUAAAGAGCUAAGAGUAUGUAUAUACAAUAAGUCAUAUUUCAGACUUCCAUGAAGCCCUCGACCUCGUCUACCUCGGUACCCAAAACCUCCACACAGCAGCUCGAGCCGGGGUCCAGCGGGACGGCGGUAGUGACUUCAAGCGCGAUGAAGCUGGAAGCCGAAAGUUCGAACGCCUUUAAACUACUGAUGAAUCAACAGCACGUCGCUGGCAACCCCUACAACUCCCUGCUUUCGGGGUAG